AUGAAAAGAGGAAGAGUGUGUGUAGAGAUUCAGGGUUUCGACGUUGCGAAAUGUCUGAUGCUGCUAUCUCAAGGCCUAGAAACCGAGCAAAAACACCAUUCGGCCAGCGAUGUUUUCGAGUGCAAAACUUGUCAACGGUGCUUCCCCUCGUUCCAGGCAUUGGGGGGUCACCGAGCAAGCCACAAGAGACCCAAAUUGGUGGGGGACAAACCAAACAAAACAACGCAUUUCCUUAGUUUAUCAUCCACCGAGUCCAAGGCUCAUGAGUGCUCCAUUUGCGGCCAAGUGUUUUCAAUGGGACAAGCUUUGGGUGGCCAUAUGAGGAGGCAUCGGAUCGCCAUAAACGAAUGCUUCUUGCCGUUUCCGCUCUCUUCGACGGUCCCGGUGUUGAAGACAUCGAAUAGUAGUCGGAGGGUUGUUUGCUUGGACCUGAAUUUGACGCCGUUGGAGAAUGAUUUGCAAGUUUUGUUUGGGAACAAGGCUCCCAAGGUUGAUAUUUGCAUUUGAUACAACAUGUGAAUGUUUUUUUUU